UCUAUUAAAUUACUUUUUUUGUGUAGCUAAAAGACUUCACCUGUUGACUUAAAUGAACUUUCGAUCGUUUUAACCUUUAUCGGACGUCAUUAAAUGAGAGAGAAAAACAAAAAGUGAGAAACUAACAAAAACAUCGUUGUAAAUUACAACUUGUAAUUACUUUAGAGUAUCAGAAUAAGGGAACAAGUGACUCAUUCUGUUGUUCGUCAUAAUCUAUUUGACUUACAUCACUCACUCGUGUGUUGUGUAUCUAAUUGAGGGCUGUUUUGGUGACUGUAAAUGAUGAAAAUAAACAAGCUUAAAGUGUAUUGAGAAACUUUAUCGAAGUUCACACAAAACAACAUUGAAAAGAGAGAAAAAAGUAUCAAUUUACGAUUUCUGGUUUUCAAAUCGGUCGAUGUCUGGUGUACAAAGCAUUAAGAGUGUGAAGUUAAAGCUCUUUUUUCAUUGAAUUACGAACGCUCCAAUAGUGCACUUUCGAGGCUUUUAUUUAACAGAUCAGUUACGAAUUCUUAUACGGUCUUUGCAUUGUUUGAUUAAAUUCCUUUUGAACUUUCGAUCUGUGCUGUUGCUGAAUAUUUUGUUAAUUAUUUUAAGCUUGAAGUUUGCCACAAAAAGCCGACCGUCCACAGUGCACUGGAAACAUCAACACUUCCACCGAAAAAUACCAAUUUGAGUCAUCACAUUCAUCGUACACCACUGGACAUCAACAUGUAAUUGACAAUAACCUUGACGGUUAUGACAUUGAGGAUGAAAUUCUUUGCGAUCAUAUUGAUGAUGAUGAGAGUAAUCACAGUUACGUGUAUUUACAACAACAACAGCAUUACACACCACCACCGGUAGAGUUCCAAGAACCAGCAACACCGCAACACCAAACGCUCAUUAAGAAAGGCUCAAUCAUGCGGAACAAUCCUGAGCUGAUGAAGAGAAACCGACAAAAUAAUUCAAGUUACGAGCUAUCGCAAGAUCUUCUCGAUAAACAAAUUGAAUUGUUAGAACGAAAAUACGGUGGUGUGAGAGCAAGAAAAGCUGCAGUUUGUAUUCAACGUGCAUUUCGUCAUUAUAAAAUGGUGAAAAAGUUUGCGUCCAUAACCGCUAUGGCGAAAGCAGAUAAAAGAAUUUCGAAUCGCUGUAGCAUGCAAUCACUUAUCAGUGUUGGCGAAUAUGAACCGGAGGGCGGAAAUCAAUCGGGACAAAAAGUUUGUGCCAUAAUCUCAGCAACACCACCCGGACAGCGAACAUCAAUAACAGCAAAUCGUGCCGUAUCAUUUCGCGAACGUCGUAAUGUUCUCGAUUCGAACUUUAAUCAGGUCGCAACACCAGCGGUUAAACGUCAGCCACUUUCUCAAAACAACUUCCAACAGCUUCCGUCACAAGCGAAUCCACAGCACUCGCACGCUUAUGUUAAUUUGUUGCAUCAACAAGAUCAGCAGUACAAUAAUUAUCAGCAAAGUUAUCACAGUCACAGCAAUAUUAAUAACAACAACAAUUUCGCUAUUUCUGGUUCCAAUAACAGUUCGCUGAACAGCUCAUCGCUACAUCAUUUUGAUGUUUCACAUUUGAAUUCAUCGGCUGGUUCUGCUGGUGUCAACACAUCGAUGAAUACAUCGUGGAAUUCUUAUAAUAAUUCACCAAAUGCGUCACUUUACGCCCAACAGCAGACUUACUACAUUAGGCCACGUACAUCAAGUGCGUCAAAGAAAGUUCCGCCCGAAGUUCCUAAACGAACGUCAAGCAUUCAAAACCCUCCACCAAAGUAUCAACAAUCGCACAUGCAUCAUCAUAUGAAGCAUCAUCAUCAUCACCACCAUCAUCAUCAUCAUCAAGCGCAACAAUUUGUGCAAACAAAAAGUGGGGGUGGAAAUCAAUACUUUAAGACAGAAAAUGGAAACCAUUCGUCACCAUCAAGCAUUGAUUCUCUUUCCUUGUCUUCGAAUUCUCCUGUUCCACCUGGACAUUGGCAACAACAAGCUUCCAUUGAACAACAGCAGAUUCUUCAUCAACAAUAUCUCAUAGAGCAGAAGCAAUUGCAACAACAGUUGAUAAUUCAACAACAAAAUGAAAUUCAAUUGCAAGCUAAAUUAUCAGAGACGAUAAGAAAGCGACAGUAUCGCAUUGGAUUGAAUUUGUUUAAUAAGAAGCCGGAAAAGGGAAUCGCUUAUCUGAUGCAUAAAAAUUUUCUUGAGAAUUCGCCACAUGCUGUCGCCAAAUUUCUCAUCUCACGGAAAGGUCUUUCACGUCAAAUGAUUGGCGAAUAUUUGGGGAAUUUACAACAGGCAUUCAACAUGGCAGUGCUGGAAUAUUUUGCUGAAGAAAUGGACUUUUCAGGACUUGCGAUUGAUGUCGCUUUGAAAAAGUUUCAAGGAUACUUUCGAAUGCCUGGCGAAGCUCAAAAGAUUGAACGAUUAAUGGAAGUUUUCUCACAUCGUUACGGUGUCUGCAAUCCCGAUGUCAUUGAGAAACUUCGCACACCUGACACUAUUUUUGUUUUGGCUUUUGCAAUAAUUAUGUUGAACACUGAUCUGCAUACGCCAAACAUUAAAGCAGAUCGUCGAAUGAAGCCUGAUGACUUUAUAAAGAAUCUUCGUGGAAUUGAUGAUUGCAUGGACAUUGACAAGAAUCUUUUGAGUGGAAUUUACGAGCGUAUUAAGGAGACUGAGUUUAAGACAGCAUCAGAUCAUGUGACACAAGUCAUGAAGGUUCAGAAGACAAUUGUUGGAAAAAAGUUGAACUUGGCACUUCCACAUCGACGACUUGUCUGUUAUUGUCGUUUAUAUGAAAUUCCUGACAUCAACAAGAAAGAACGACAAGGUUUACACCAGAGAGAAGUGUUUUUGUUCAAUGAUUUGCUUGUCGUGACGAAAAUCUUUACAAAGAAGAAAGCAUCGGUAACGUACACGUUUAGAAACAGCUUCCCAUUGUGUGGUUUGGUUGUGACGUUGCUUGAUGUGCCAAAUUAUCCUUUCUGUAUUCGUUUGUCUCAAAAAGUUGAUGGUAAAGUUCUUGCCACAUUCAAUGCACGAAAUGAGCACGAUCGUUGUAAAUUUGCUGAUGAUUUACGUGAAUCAAUUGCUGAAAUGGAUGAAAUGGAAACAAUUCGUAUCGAAAUGGAGCUUGAGAGACAAUUGAAAGCGACACGAUGUGUUGGUAAUGGAAUGAAUAACAACGUUGAGAAUCGUGACAGUGGAGUUGUUGGUGAUAUUGAAUCGAUUCAAUUUACGUCAUCGAAAUCAUUUGAAGCAAAAUCUUCGUCAAAUCAUGACAUUCAGAGUGGUCAACUUAAACGUGGUGGUGCUUUGAGCAAUUCAUUGUUGGAUAUUCACGAUCAAUUUGGUAAUGAUUGUCGACAACGUCGUGGAAGUGUCGGUUCACUUGACUCUGGAAUGUCAAUUUCCUUCCAAUCAUCAACAACAAAUAAUGGAGCAGUGGGUGGUAAGCAAAAUAAUGUUGAAAAUGCUGCAACUGUUUAUGUAACAUCAGCACAAGUUGCAAUGGCUGUUGCAUCGACAAAUAUUCAACGACAACCAAUGACGGGUCAAAUGAUGGUUCAAGUGCCACCACUUCUCCCAAACAGUGCAUUAUAUCAAUACAAUAAUGAUCACAUGAUAAACAUCCAUGAAAUUUAUGACGAACAUCAUCGAAUUCAUCCAGAACAAACUGGUCGAUCGACUGAUGUCUAAAAAAAAUAUGAAAAAUGAUAAAGUUUGCAUAAUCAAAAAGUUAACUUUUGUUUCCUCCCUUUUUAAAUGUUGGCUUUUCUGUGUGUCAUUAUCAUCAUCAUAAAUAUUAAAGUUUGAUUCCUUGAGUAAAUUUACCAUCCCAAAGAUGAUUUUGUUUUGUUUGUUUUUAAUUUAAAUGCUUCCUUCAUGAUAGUAAAACAAAAUACGAGUUUAGUUUCAUUUCUUUUGUGAAUAUUUAUCAAUAAUCUGUUAUUAUAAUUUGCAUUUCUUCGAGAGUGUUUAGAAUUUGUUGAUUGAUGAUUCGAAUUGCUUUCGUCACAUGAAAAUAGAAAAACCUUCAUGGCAAGUCUAGAAAGAACUUUAUGACAGAUCUCAGAGUUUCAUCUCAAACUUCAUCUACGAAUUUAGAAGAAGGUUUAGUGACGAAGAUGGAAUCACGAUUUUAGAUUUCCUGAUUUCAAUUUCACAACCAAAAACUAGAAUUCGAUCCAUCAAGUCAACUAAUAUAAAGUGUGGGAAGAAGCUAAUGAAAAACAAUAAAUAUUUAAACAUAAAAAAGUAACACGACAUGAAAAAAGUUGGAAAAUCUUAUUUUUUUACCAAAAUUAGAACGUGAUUAAUUGAUAAAAUUGAUUGAUUGAUUCUGCAUGACAAGCAGACAAAAAAUUUCCCUCGAAAAAGAAAAAAGAAAAAUAUUUAAACACAAAAAUUCACCAUUUAUUCUGGAUACUAAAAAUGAAAUUGAAUUUAAAGUAUUAUACACAAAAACUUGAUUAAAACUUUAAUUAAACAUAAAAAAGUAAAAAUUAAUUAAUCUAGUCUCAUUAUGAUUGCAUCUUAUGUAAGUAACUAUAAAGGGAGAAAUAUUUUCUUUCUAGAAAAGUGAAAUAAAAAACUUGAAAAAUUAAAUGAAAAA